AUGGGCUCCAAAGCCAAGGCCAUUGCCGGUCUCCUGGCAGCCACCUGCGUCUGCAGCAUCAUCGCCCUCAUUCUGAGCGUGGUGAAUGUGGAGGAUGUGCUUCUGCCCCCCAGCACCAAGUAUGGCCUGGUGUUUGACGCUGGCUCCACACACACGUCCCUCUACACUUACCGGUGGCGCGCAGACAAGGAGAACGGCACGGGCAUCGUGUCCCAGGUGGAGGCCUGCUCUGUGUCCGGGAGCAGAACAGCAGCAAGGCCCAGCAGGUGUUGGCCGAGGUGUCCAAGGCCAUUGGGGAGUACCCUGUGGAUUUCCGCGGAGCCCGGAUCCUGACGGGCAGCGAGGAGGGCUCCUUUGGCUGGAUCACUGUCAACUACCUGCUGGAGACACUGGUCAAGUUCUCGUUUGCAGAGAAAUGGGAACAUCCCCAGGACACCGAGGUUCUGGGAGCUCUGGACCUCGGCGGUGCCUCGACGCAGAUCACCUUCCAGCCCAGGGUCCCCGUGGAGGACAGGAACACGUCCGUGUUCUUCCGGCUCUACGGCACCAACUACUCCCUGUACAGCCACAGCUACCUGUGCUACGGGCAGAGCCAGGCCCUGAAGAUGCUGCUGGCAGCUCUGCACCAGGCCAGCUCGGGUGGCCAGAUCAAGCACCCCUGCUACCCCCAGGGGUACCAGGAGAACAUCACCGUGGCAGAGCUCUACGACAGCCCCUGUGUGCGUGCGCCCAGCUCAGCCAGCCCUGGCCUUGUCCUCACGGUGACGGGGACAGGGGACCCAGCCGCGUGUGACACGGCCGUGCGGAGACUCUUCAACUUCAGCUGCGGGGCGCAGGGGCCGUGCGGCUUCAAUGGGGUCUAUCAGCCCCCCGUGCGGGGACAGUUCUUGGCCUUUGCUGGGUUCUACUACACCUUCAGCUUCCUAAACCUGACUCGCCAGCAGUCUCUGCGUGAAGUCAACUCCACAGUCUAUUCCUUCUGCCAGAGGAACUGGACAGAGCUGGUGCAGAGCUUCCCAAAGGAUUUGAAGUACCUGCACACCUACUGCUCUGUGGCCUUUUACAUCCUGACGCUGCUGCUCGAUGGCUACAAGUUCAAUGAGCACACCUGGAGCAACAUCCACUUCAGCAGGCAGGCAGCAAACACAGACAUCGGGUGGACACUGGGCUUCAUGCUGAACUUGACCAACAUGAUCCCUGCUGAGGCUCUGCAGCAGGUCAAGGGCCACCAGCCCGGCCUGUGGGCAGGGGCCGUCUCCUUCCUCGUGCUGGCCAUCGUGGCAGGCCUGGUGGCUGCUUUCCUGCACUGCUUCUGGAAAACAAAGUAGCUCCCAGCCUCCUGACUAGAGGCAUCCUAGGCAUCCUGCCUUCUAAACCAGGCAGGGAAGUGGUGCAGAAGAGGUGGAAAGUGGAGAAGGAUGAAGGCAUUAGACCCAUCUCCAUUGCUCAGGAGAUCUGACUGGGUCAUCUCUGUGAAUGUGGAAGAUGACUUGAUCUCUCUCCAAGAGGAAGACUCCUUUAAUCUGACUGCCAAAAGCUGAUUGAGACUUGCUGGCUGCAUGUAGCUAAAAA